GGAUAAUCCCAAACGACGCCGUUGUAACAAGCUUAAAUUACUCAAAAUCCCCCCAGUCUAAAGAGCUUCUAGACUGGUCCGCCUGAUGAUUCCUGCCGUCUACAUCCUCCGUCUUCCGUCUUCCAACUCCUUCUGACACACACACACAACCCCGUCUUUUGGAUGAGACCACAAUUCCAGAAUCGAGACUCCAGACCAUAUGGGGAGGCUGAUUGAUCCACCCGCGCCCCUGGAUUCCGGUUUCGCCUCGACUCAGGAUACGUACAUCCUGGGGCCGGGAAGUGUCAGAUAGAUAGGUGAUCGAUCGGGUUGCUCGCAUUCGCGAAGGAGGUGUGGUGGAUUUGUGGAGAAGCUGGCGUCUACGUACUGGGUAUAUAAAGGUCUAUACCUCUCGCCCAAGUCUUCCCUUCCUCUCAGCACUCAGCACUCAACAUACAACAAUCCCCCAGAAGUCUAUUCAAUUGCACAGUACUUGCAAACAUGGUCUCCGCCAACUCUCUCCUCUACGUCGUCCUCAGCGCCGCCUCCCUGGCCGCCGCGACCCUCGACCCCGCCUCCACCAACACCAAGGGCAAAUGUCCUGGCACUUAUAACUGCUCUGCCAGCAAAGUCUCCACCGCCAUCCAAGCCGCCGAGUGCUCGCACAACACCCGCACUUCGGGCACCCAAACCUUCGCCGUCUUCGUCACCGACCACGAGUACGACUCCUCGCACGGCGCCCCCUACGGCACCUGCAGCGCGUACACCUGCACGGCGCCCACGGACGCGGAGAUGACCGACUCGGACUCGGAUUGCUGGACGUUCUUCUGGAACGACAACGGCGAGUCCUCUGGGGUUGGAACGGGAUGCAUCAAGAGCCCGACUGAUGGGACUUGUGGGUGUGAGGACUCGGAUGGCACUUUUGUUUAUGGGUCGGAUAGCUGCACUUAGUUGGGAUAGAGGUUGGGAAGAACAAAUGUGGGGGUGAGCGGGGU